AUGGAGGAAUUAACGAGUAAAUGUGAUAACCUGUCCUUAUCGGUUAGGGAAGGGAAAUCUAUUAUUUUGUCUAAUAAACACCAAGAGUCUAAGUUUGUUCUAGCAGCAAAAUUCUAUACUAGACGAGCUUUGAAUAUCGAGGCGGUGGCUCGUACUUUCAGGCCUCUAUGGAGAACGAGGGAUCGUUUUCAUAUUUCAAAUGCAGGAAAUAAUAUCUUACUUUUCGAUUUUGAGAUGGAAGUGGACGCGGAAAAAGUUCUUCUCGGUGAACCUUGGUCCUACGAUAGACAUCUGGUGAGUGUUCAACGUUUUGAUGAUAGGAAGGCCAUUAAAGAUAUAGACUUUAAGUUCUGUGCUUUUUGGAUUCAAAUACAUGAUAUACCUUAUAAGUUUAUGACAAAGGAGACGGCGAAGGAAAUAGGUGAUACUAUCGGUCCUGUUAUCAAGCAAAGUGAGGAUUCUGAAUGGAAGGGAGGGACUUUUCUACGCGUCAGGGUCAAAGUGGAUACGACUCGCCCCUUAUGUCGGGGGAGGAAAGUGACGUUCGAAGAAGGCCAGACACAGUGGGUCUCUUUUCAGUAUGAAAAACUCCCCAAUGUGUGUUACUGGUGCGGUAGGCUCUUGCAUGACGAUAAAGAAUGCGAAGUAUGGAUAAAGAGCAAAGGGACUCUCUCAGUUGAUCAACAACAAUUUGGUAACUGGAUUAGAGCAAACUCGUUUGGCCCAAACAAGAGCAGGAGCUUAGAAGUCAAAGGCUUCGAGUCCAGGCAGACCAGUGCACAGGAGGCGAGAAUGGGAAAUAAGGACAGAGAAGUGAAACAAAGGAAUCAAACCAGUGAAGUUGGGGAUUCAAGCGGUGGAGAAGUAGAGCGAAUGGAGACAGCGACGGAGGAGGAUGAAAUUUUCCCUGAAACCAACUUGGUAGCCGGUUUCCGAGGAAAGUCAGAAAAUAGAAAUAAAGAAACAGUAUUCGAGGCGUCUGGUACGGAGAGUGGAAAGGCAGCUUCACCAACGCAGCCCUUGUCAAAUCCCAGGAAACCCGAUAGUAUGCAGCAGACAAAAGAUAACUUUUUGGGACUAGACUCACAGGAAGACCCAACGGUUAUAAGGGAGAGUCUAGUAAGUAAUCCAAAAGUUCAGAUUUCCCAAGGAGAGAACAGGCAAAACAGGGGGUUAGUCUCAUUGGGAAGUGGUUCUGAGGAGGCUACUAUAGACUUACAAAAAAAGGGCGCGAAAGAGGAAAAAGGCUUUACAAUAAAAUCUGGGGAUGGGGCUGGGCCUGGCCCAUCGAGCAAAGGAAAUCCAAACAAAAUUAGUUCUGAAACGCAGGGGAUAUCUGACUUUGGGCCCGGUCCAGUAGGUGAAGUUAAGAAAGGCCUGUGGACAAGAUUAAAAAAUAGGCCCAAUCCAGAAAUGAGAGAAGAGUUUAUGCAUGGGACUGAAGCUCUGAAACGUAAAGCAGGGGAAUUAGAAGGCAGUGAGGAAUUUUCUGCAGAAAAGAUGAAAAAACAGAGGAAGGAGGGGGAAACAAAAAAGCAAGGUGAGGUGCGUGCUAUGAAUCUUAGAUCGGCGGAGGUUGUUGAGCAACCUCACCGGAGUCAAUGA